GUUUACACCGAGACCGCAGCAACAACAGCAACAACUUCUGCCGCUUCGCCUUUGUGUCGUCCCUUCAGCUCCAGCGCACUUUAGAGCGCCUCGCCGCCGCGUUUAGACAUUUGUCUCGCUGUUUGUUCGGUUUCUGUACGCAGCCCGUCUGAAUGAGCGUUCAGAGGUUUUGCCGCUGUCUGGGCGCUUUGACACGUGCGUGGUAAAAAUCUCGGCUCGGUUCGGACGAGCUGUGGAUGCUCCUCAGGUCUCGGUGCCGGUCGAUGAUGUGCGACGAGUAAAGGAGCAAAACAAACCUCCGCUUGAGGAGCAGACGAGUGAACCGACUUUUCUGAGAGGACCAUGAAGCUGUGACCACAGCAUCAACACAGCCAUGACUGAGAUUGAGAUUGAGAUCGAUAAAUCCCACCUGCCACGCGUCUAUGACGUGUGUCAGUGUUUCUCAGUGCUGGAGGAUGGAGCGCUGGCUCAUAGCCUUCAGGAGCAGGAGAUCGAGCAGUUCUACAGCUCCAACAUUCAGAAAAACCAGGCGGUGCAGAGUGAUGUGCGUCUCGCCCGGAGGCUGCAAGAGGAGGAAGAGCGGCGAGCCCGUCUCGGCCACCAGCUGCAGCAAAUGGAGGAGCAGGACUGUGAGUACGCAAAGAUGAUUCAGGAGGAGCUCCGGAGGUGCGACGAAGAAGCUAAGAAGAGGGAGGAAGAGGAUGAGGAGAUGGCCAAGCGAAUGCAGGAGGAGGAAGAGUUGGAGAUGCAGCGACAGAGGGCCCAGGCUGGUUACCAUGGAGACAGCAGAGCCUCUCCACUCAGUGAAGGGUUAGAGCUGUGGGAGCAGUUGGUGCGGGAUGCUGAACUGGCCCGUAUUCUGCAGGAGGAGGAAGACAGGCAGCCUCACCAGAAGGUGGGCUUUAGCCGAGGAUCUGAUGUGGAUUUCCGCACGGCUCAAGUGGCCCAAGAUGAGGAGAUCGCCCGCUACAUGCAACGGCAAGAGAGAAAAAACAGCAGGAAGUCACAUGACUUAGAGACCCAGGAGAGGUCUCUUGGUCUGAGAGGUGCAGACAACACUACUAGCAGAAAAGUGGAGCCUCUGCAGAUGCCAAGAGAAAGGUUGAACUCAGAGGGUCUUCACUCACCUGUGGAAGAGGAACACACACUCGAGCAACAUCCACUAAGCCCAGCCUGCACUACUCUACGAACACAGCCUGUCCAUAAUAUCGCAGAAGAGCUGGACCCAACAUUCACAGCCAGAAAGAGAGACAGCCAGAUCUCCCCCAGUCCGUCAUCAGGUAUAUGCCUGGCUCCCCGCACCCCUCACAGUAUUUUCUAUGAUUACCUGCCAGAGCCCAACUUCGUCCCACCCACCAGACGCCACAGUGACAAACCAGGGCGGCCCAAAGCCAAAGAGAAACGUGAGAACUGCAAGCAACAGUAACUUGAAUAUUCUUUCGAGUAUUUUCGCUGAAUCAGUGUUUUAUGAAGUUCCUCAUUGCCUUUUCACUUCCGAGCCCGAGUGUGAGCUCAACGUGCCAUAGAAACGAAAGCAGGGUGCUGGUCAGAGUGUUUUCUAUUUAGACGAAUAAUCUGUUUCAUUUAGGGUGAAACAAUAUUAAACUGAAAAACUAAUGAAGUUUUCAUUAGAUUCAUGCGCUGAGACUGGCAGACAAAUCAAACUGGUGCCUGUGUUUGCCUAAGGGAAAGACUGCGUUGCUUCUAGCGUAUACAGUGUGUGCUUUUGUGUUCUUUUGUCCAGUAAGUCGUAUUGGCAGCUUACCUAGUUAGUCCCUGAGUCUGAAUACACUCGUGCAAUGAACCUCUAUAAUCUUUUUUAAAUGAUCUCACAAAACAUUACUUACUUACAGAUUUCUAAGAGUUAUAAAAUUAAAUGGGAAUAAAAACUAAUGAAAGAAGUCCGCUUUAGCUGGAUUAAUACAUGUUCUGUACAGUGUUUUGUUUUGCUCAGCCUUCAAAUAAAAAGUGUGACACUGGUGAAAGA